AAGCCCCCACUCUCCAGGCUAUCAUAUAUCAACGUUCAAUCGACAGCCUCUGAAGGGGGUGGGGUAUUACCGAAAAGUCAAUCGCACGGUUGAGAAUCAAGAUGGAACAAGAACCAUGCGAGCGGUGUCAGACAGCCGUUGAUUUGUUGCACCCAAUCGAUCCCGAAGUCCUCCAUUCCAAUUAUGUACCCUCCGAAACGGAAGUUACCUUUGGGUUACAGGAGCUGAAUCAGUGCGAAGCCAAGAUCACUGAUCUACGUCGACAGUUGGAACAGUUGGAAGUCCGCAGACUGCAUUGUCGCUCCAUCGUCUCUGCUCAUCGGAGGGUUCCAGUCGAAAUCUGGGAAAUCAUCAUUAUACUCGCAUGUAGCUCGGAUAAAAAUGGGUAUUCUCUUAUCAUCGAAAACCGCUCGAAAAACAACCUGGUCAAGGUUCCCAUCACACUUUCUCAUGUCUGCUCUCGGUGGAGGACUAUUGUUGUUGGAUUCCCCAGUCUUUGGUCUUCAAUCUCUAUCAAUUUCGACUCAAAACUUCCCAUGGGUAGUCAGAAUCUCCUCGAAACCUUCCUCACCAACUCUGCGGAUUGCCCUUUGGAUAUCCGCAUCGUAACAAAACAACUGUUAUGCGAUUGGUCCGAAAAUAGGUUAUCCACCUUAAAGAAUCUGACAUGUCAUUUUCCACGAUGCAACCGACUAUCCAUCUACACCUAUGACAACACCCUCUUUAACGGUUUUCAAGGACUGCACUUGACGUUUCACAAUCUAUUAUCUUUACGCCUCGCAUUCCAGUUUGGCCGAUUGGAGCGAGAUAACCCAGUGUGGCACGCGCUGCUUCGCUCGACCUCAAAGUUGACGAAAGCAACAAUACUAGUGAAUGACCCCUGGUAUCCUCGUAAUCUCCUCCCCUACCAACAACUCACUACGUUAACGACGUCCAUUACCGCCUUCGGUAGGCGUAGUGUUGGAGACCUGCUCCGAGCGUUGGAGGCAUGCAAUAAUCUUCGUUCUUUAACAUUACUAGCAGUUCAACGUGACAUUCGAGACUAUUCUCUAGAAAUCGCCAGCCGUCAUGUGGUGAUGCCCUCACUUCAAACACUGGUUAUCCGAAUUAAAUGUUGCAUGGAGGAUACAGAGUGUGGGUUACUCCGUAUAUUCCUUUUGUCCCUUGUGGUUCCUAAUGUUUCGAGCUUCGAGCUUCGUUCCAGCUGUUCAUGCUGCAAAGACCCUUAUUCAUCUCGAACGACCUGGCAGGCUCCAUCACUCCUCACUAUGCUACAACAAACAUCCACAUCCCUACAACACAUGUCGCUCAACCUCACUGCUGUUCAUAUUCGUGACGCCUGGGAACCCCUCUCCUCGGUAUUAAAAGCCACACCACACCUAACCCACUUUGAAAUAGGAGGCGGACAAGUAGUGGUACAUGAUUACGGAGACCAUCGUCGUGGCUGGGAUACUUUCACCGUCACGUCGUCAAUCACCGCCCUCACCGACACAUCUCGAAAUACCCUCCUCCCUAACCUCGAGUGUCUAACCAUCCACCACAUCACAAUGAAGUCGGAAGACAUGUGUCAAAUCCUUGCUUUGGCGGCGUCGAGGAGUCCAAGCCGCUUUUCUGCUGUUGAUGGUAUUCAACAUCCGUUAACGAAGCUUCGCAUUGUGUGCCAUGAACAUGUCGGAUACUCGCAAUUCCAAUGGGAGCCUCAUAUGCUAGAGAUGAUACGGGAACUGGAGGCGGAUGGGGUGAAGGUGGUCUUUGAGAGAACGGAAGCGUAUGAUGACUAUGAUCCAACGGCAGAGCUCAAAUCUUCUUUCGAGUGGUGACACGUGACAGGUCUUUCUGAUGGAGCUUAUGGACUCCCGGUCCGCUGAAUAAACUGAGUUAGUACACAGCUUCGAAUAUUUUGAUUUCCAUUCAGUAGAAGCGAUAUACAUGCAUCAAUACAUCGAGAAUUACAGUGAGAAAGAUGA